AUGCCGAUAGAAACAAGGAAAAGGUCAUUAUCGAUGACUUUAUUACACGAUACACAUUAUGAGGAGGCCCGGGAAGGUGGUGCUAUUGCAGAUACCAAGAGGAAAGUCAGUUACGAGCGACUGACUUUGGAAGCAACAGUUUAUAUACUUGGAUGGUACCUAUUUUCACUAUCGAUAUCGAUAUAUAACAAGUGGAUGUUUGGCUCACUGGGGCUAGAUUUCAAAUUUCCCAUCAUUAUAACCUCAUUCCAUCAAUUAUGUUUGUUUUUUCUUAGUGGGUCGAUAUUGUUUUUCCAGCCUAGUUUGCGUCCCGUGGGGAUCAAUAAUCGGCAUUAUCAAGAAAUGAAUCUUUGGAGAUUCAUACAACAAGGAAUAUCGAUGGACUUGAAAAUGUAUUUGAAAAAUAUUCUACCGUGUUCGAUAGCAUCGGCAGGCGAUAUCGGUAUAAGUAAUGUACUGAUAAGUUUGAUAUCAUUGAGCUUAUAUACAAUGCUAAAGACAAGUUCAUUGAUGUUUGUGUUGAUAUUUGGCCUAGUUUUCAAAUUGGAAAAAUUCAACUGGAGAUUGAUUGUGAUUGUUGUUGUUAUGGUGGGCAGUGUAAUAAUGAUGACCGAAAAGUAUGAGGCAGGUGGUAAUGACGACAGCUCAUCAAAUACAACGAAUGAGGAUAGUAAGGUGGGGAUCUUCUUGGUCAUUUUGGCUUCCAUGUUGAGCGGGUUGAGAUGGUCAUGUACCCAGAUUUUGUUAAAGACAAACCAAUACACUUCGAAUUCCAUAUCGACCAUUUUUUACGUAUCACCAGCUAUGGGAAUAAUACUUUUCUUAUUGGGAAUCUUGAUUGAAGGUAUGUCGAAUUUCACACAGUCUCCAAUCUGGGAUCAUUUUGGCACAUUUAAAACCAUUAUAUUAUUGAUUAUACCGGGUGUGUUGGCUUUCAUGAUGACACUAUGCGAGUUUAAACUUCUUGGUGUAGCUCAAAUCAUGACCCUUAGUAUUGCAGGUAUUUUCAAAGAAUUGCUCACAAUUCUACUAAGCUCGAUUAUCUUUGGUGAUAGACUUAGUUGGAUCAAUUGGCUUGGGCUUUUUGUUACAUUUUGUGACAUACUAUGGUAUAACUAUUAUCGAUAUACCCAAAACGAUGGGAACGACGCAAAAGGAACCAAGGAGGAUGGGUAUAGGCCUAUUAAUCAACAUACUGGUGACGAAAGUAAACACGAUGGCUCUUAUAAGUUGACCGACUUGGAAAUUAAUGAAGAAAGUAGUAGUUCUAGCAGUAGCAGAAAUUCAUAG